UCUAGUUCCUUCUUCUCUCCUAGCCUCUUAGCUUAGCUUUUGUCUCUGUUAUUAUAUAAGGGGCUUCACUCCUCUUUGUCCCUUUCUUUAUCUAUUGAUCUAUCUCUGUGGAUUCACUGGAUUGUCUCAUAAAAGAGGGAGAUAUGAGAACCAGAGGAGGGUUUUGCUAUCCCAGAGUUGUAGAAGAUGAGAAGAUAAAGAGAGUGACCAAGAAAAGGAAGGUGUGUCUGGCAACCGGAAAAGGAAUGGUAUGCCGGAAAAGGACUAAGAUGGUUCCGGUCGGGCCCGAUAUGUUUGACGAUUUGCCGGACGACCUUGUGCUCUGUAUUCUCUCCAAGCUCAGCUCCACCGCCAACUGCCCUUCCGAUUUCAUCAACGUUCUGAUAACAUGCAAGAGAUUGAAUGGAUUGGGUCUGCAGUCGCAAGUACUGGCCAAAGCAUGUCCGAAGACUUUUCCGGUGAAGGCCCAGAACUGGUCGGAGUCGGCUCACCGGUUUCUCAAGAUGUUGGCCGACGCCGGCAACGUUGAGGCUUGCUAUACUCUCGGCAUGAUUCGCUUCUACUGCUUACAAAGCCGAGGCAGCGGCGCGUCCCUCAUGGCAAAGGCCGCGAUUGGAGGUAACGCGCCGGCUCUCUACUCUUUGGCUGUGAUCCAGUUCAAUGGCAGCGGGGGCUCCAAGAACGACAAGGACCUCCGCGCCGGAGUUGCUCUCUGCGCGCGUGCGGCCUUUCUUGGCCACAUCGACGGGCUCCGGGAGCUGGGGCACUGCCUCCAAGACGGCUACGGCGUCCGGCAGAACAUCACGGAGGGAAGAAGGUUCCUUGUUCAGGCCAACGCGCGUGAACUCGCGUCGGUUCUCGCAUCUGCUGCUGCUUCUGGAAUCCCCAUGCGGCAGCUGCUGACGUGGACGCCGCUCCCGCAUCCACAUCCCCACCCUCAUCCUCAGUUGCGUCACCUAACCGGGUCGGGUUGCCCGCUGCUCAGCGACUUCGGGUGCAACGUGCCCGCCCCUGAGGUCCACCCGGCGAACCGGUUCUUGGUAGACUGGUACGAGGGCCGGGCCGACGGUCUAACCGGGCCGGGUUUGAGGCUCUGCUCGCACGUGGGGUGUGGGAGGCCCGAGACCAGGAAACACGAGUUCCGUCGGUGUUCGGUUUGUGGGGAAGUGAACUACUGCUCACGCGCCUGUCAGGCGCUUGACUGGAAACUCCGCCACAAGGCCGAGUGCGCCGCCGUGGAGAGGUGGGUGGAUGAGGAGGGGGAAGGCGCGGAGGGUGACGGAGCCGUUAACGAGGGCGAUGACGUCAUGGAGGAGAGUUAGGAAGAGGCAGGAGGCACCGUAACGGUGCGGUUACGGUAACGGCUCAAAAAUGUUGAGAGUAAUGAUGAGACCAGAAGGAAAAGAAAACGGAAAAAGGAAAAGAGGACAAGAAAGGAAAAACGAGGCCGUUUUGGUGGAAACCGAUAUGAAAAUUUAAUAUGGCCGUUGGAUGGGUGGGUGGUUUUUGUUUACCCUUUUGGGGUUUGCAAUGGGCUUUUUUUCAUUUCUUAUUUUUCUCAUUGUCCCUUUUUUGUACUAUGGAGCAAGUUUAGCCUUAAUUACGGUUUAAAGAAAUUCAAAUUUUCUUUCUCUGCUCUAAAAUGCUAGAAAUUAUUAA